CUUUUGGCUGCUAGGGUCUAGCCAGAUCUUCAAAGUCUAAGAAAAGUUCGGCCUUUCCUCUCAUAUAUACUCGCGUAGAUCCCGUCUCGUUGCGAACUUUAAGAUCAGAUGUUAUUUCAUCUCUUUUUCGCCUCUUCCCAUUCUCGCCGCCCUCGUUUCCGAGUAAAUAUCACCACCUAAGUACCCACUUCGAAUCAUCAUCCUUAUUCAAAGAAAGUGAAUACGACCGCAUAACCACUGAUAUUCAACAACAAUAACUUCCACCGAUCAACCGGCAACAUGUCGUGGCAACCGUCCUACUCGUGGGUCGGCGCGCCCACAACGUUCAAUGGCACGAACGAUGAGACCGGAGGUGAUUCCAGCACCGAGAACCUGAACCAAUGGUACCAAUCGGGUGAUCAGGCGUUCAUCCUCGUCGCAGCAUGUAUGGUCUUGCUUAUGGUACCCGGAAUCGCAUUUCUGUAUUCCGGCCUAUCUCGAAGAAAGUCGGCUCUAUCCCUGAUCUGGGUUUGCAUGAUGUCUUUCAGUGUCAUCAUCUUCCAGUGGUACUUCUGGGGCUACUCGCUGGCUUUCAGCUCGACCGCCACCAAUGGCUUCAUUGGUGAUCUCCACCAUUUCGGCCUCAUGAACACCCUCGCGAAGCCCUCUCCCGGCUCUCCCCUAAUACCCGAAUUGCUCUAUUCUUUCUACCAGAUGAUGUUCUGCGCCGUAACAGCGGCUCUCGUCAUCGGAGCGGUUGCCGAACGUGGUCGCAUGCUUCCCGCCAUGGUCUUUACCUUUUUCUGGGCCACAUUGGUCUACUGUCCCCUCGCCUGUUGGGUUUGGAAUGUGAAUGGGUGGGCCUACAAGUACGGUGUCCUCGACUACGCUGGAGGCGGCCCUGUCGAAAUCGGUUCCGGUCUAUCCGCCUUGGCCUAUUCAUGGGUCCUCGGCCGACGUCACGAGAAGAUGAUGCUCAACUUCCGUCCCCAUAACGUUUCCCUAGUCACGCUCGGCACGGUCUUCCUGUGGUUCGGCUGGCUCGGUUUCAACGGUGGAUCUGCCUUCGGCGCCAACUUGCGAGCGACGAUGGCGUGCUGGAACUCUUGCCUGACUGCCACGUUUGCCGCCAUGACCUGGUGUCUUCUUGAUUUCCGCCUCGCGAAGAAGUGGUCGAUGGUUGGUUGGUGUUCUGGUGUUAUCUCUGGACUCGUUGCCGCCACGCCUGCGUCGGGAUUCAUUCCUCCUUAUGCGUCUAUCAUUCUCGGCGUUGUUACUGGCGUGUGCUGUAACUUUGGCACCAAAGUCAAGUUCCUGGUUAGAAUCGACGACUCCCUCGAUGUAUUCGCUGAACACGGUAUCGGCGGUAUCGUCGGACUCAUUUUCAACGCCCUAUUCGGCGCGAACUACAUCAUCGGCCUGGAUGGCGUCAACAACGGUGUUAUGCCUGGCGGUUGGAUCGACCACCAUUAUGCGCAAUUAUACAUCCAGAUUGCGUACAUUGUAGCAGCUUGUGGUUAUAGUUUUGUUAUGUCGGCCAUCAUUGCCAAGCUCGUGGACCUUGUCCCGGGCCUACACCUGCGCGCAACGGAAGAGGCUGAACUUCUAGGCAUGGACGAUGACCAGCUCGGCGAAUUCGCGUACGACUACGUCGAGGUGCGCCGUGACUUCCUGGCCUGGACCCCAGCUAAGGAAGAGCCCACCUCCGCCGGCCACCGCUUCAUCCCCCAACACGGCAUUGAGGAACACCAAAACAUGGCCAACACAAACGGCCAAAUUCUAGAAAAGGAGCAGGAGAAGAUUGGUGCUUCUGUCAGGGCCCCUGCUAAAGAGGAUGCAGCUGAAGAGGCGGCGGACGCGGCUACCGAGAGCAGUAGCCGGUGAGGAGUAGUCCGUUACGUGAAUUAGUCCCCGCAUAUUUGCUCCCGGGGAGGAGGUUGAUCUGUUGAUACAAGUUGCUAUAUAAUACCCAUCUGUUCUCUAUUAUCUUUUUUUUGUUUUUGCUGUCUUGUAUCAGGAGUCGGAAAAUCAAAACAUCAGGGAGGUUAAAAAAGAUCUGCUUGGGGGCACGGUGUAUAAGGCGUUGAAUACCAAUCCAGAUGAACUGAGUCACUGUUGAAUUUGAAUCGUUUGAUUGCGGGU